AAAGAAGCUUUGGUAUGACAGCCCUCCCCUGGAGACCAAAAUGAUGUAUAAACCAACCAAGUUGGAAGCCUUAAUGAAAAAUGGCCAGAUAAAAACUAGGAAAGAAGAUAACAUACGCUGCAGAGUCUUGAAUGGUCUUAUUCAUAAAGCUCUGUUGGAGAUGAUGGCUACCUGUGAAGUCAGUCAAGAACUUUAUGAUCUCAAGCUGGAAAUCUGCAAGGUGUCCUUGUCAUCAAACUUUUCAGCCUGUCGUGUGUACUGGAAUCCUGCUGCAACAAUGGAGAAGGAAAGUUAUGUUGAAAGUGUCCUGCGGAAGAGCUCUCCACGCAUACGGUAUCUUCUGACAAGUCAGCAGAUUCUGGGAAAUGUACCCCCAAUACUGUUUGUAAAAGACAAAGAAGCUGCAGCUGUAAAAGAGGUUGAGGAAUUAUUGGCAAUUGCUGAUUUUGGACCUCCAGAAGAAGAAGAAACGUUAUCUGAACAUGAUUCAAGUAAACUGUUCUCUUCAGCAACUCCAUCCUCAGAUUCACCCAUGCGAUCUAAUCUGUUUGGUAUUGAUCAUGAACUGCUGAAUAAACAGAUAAUGGACUACAAAAGACUGAAAGUUUCAAGAGAUAUAGAAAGCAUUGCCUGGACGAAAGAGCAGGAUCAGCAGCUUUCUAAGAUUCAAAGGAAAAUGAAAAAGAAAAAACCAAGGAAUCCUCCUGAUGAUGAUGAUGAUGUUACACCACAGAAAUACUUGCUGGACAGAUAUGAAGCUGAUUACUGGGAUGAUCACACUGAAUCACUCUCGGACUAUGAGUUGGGGGAUGAAUCACAGGAAGAUGUAAACGAAUUGAAGAUGGGUAAAGGCAAAACUGAUAAACUGAAAUGA